CCCUCUCUCUCUCUCCAGCAGUCAGUAAGAGCUGCAGGCGCUGCUAGGAAGGGGAGUGUGCUCGGUGCUGGACAGCAGCCUCCCCUCUCCAUGCCUAUUUUAGUCCCAUCUCCCCGGCCACUGAUCAGCUUCUCCUCUACUCCAGGAUCUCACUGACAAAACUUUUCCCGGGACCCCCUGGGGGAGCCAGCCCUGCUCUGCCUGCACCACCCAGGAUUCGUAAGAAUGGAUUUCUCAAAUAUGUCAAGCACUGUGCUGCCGGUGAAUUUUACUACCAAUAUGUAUAACGAUAUGUAUAAUGAUACCGUACAGGAAGAAGUGUGUGAAAAUUGGAGAGAAAUACACCACUUGGUUUUCCAUCUUGCAAACGCAUGUUUAGCGAUCGGAGUCGUAAUUCCAACUACUCUUAAUUUUCAUAUGAUUUAUUUUCGCGGCAUGCUGUGUCUAGGGUGUUCCUUCUUCAUUUUAUGGGCCGUGCUUUUCCGAUGUGCUUUGGACAUAAUGAUAUGGAAUGCAACCUUCCUUAUUCUUAACUUUAUGCAUUUUAUUUAUCUGGUAUAUAAAAAGAGACCUAUUAAAAUAGAAAAGGAGUUAAAAGGAAUUUAUCACAGGAUGUUUGAGCCUUUACACGUUCCUCCUGAGUUGUUUAAGAGGCUCACUGGGCAGUUUUGUAGUAUUCAGACUUUAUUGAAGGGUCAGACGUAUGCUGUGGAGAACAAAACAUCGGUUGAUGAGCGUUUAAGCAUCUUACUCAAAGGAAGAAUGAAGGUUUCGUAUCGGGGUCACUUUCUUCAUGACAUUUACCCAAAUUCCUACAUUGAUUCACCUGAAUAUCGAUCAACAGAGCUUCACCGUGGAGAAAAUUUUCAGGUCACGAUUACUGCAGAUGAUACCUGUGUGUUUUUAUGCUGGUCUCGGGAAAGGUUAACAUACUUUUUGGAGUCAGAGCCAUUUCUUUAUGAAAUAUUUAAAUAUUUGAUUGGAAAAGAUAUUACAAACAAAUUGUAUUCAUUGAAUGAUCCUACAUUGAGUGACAAGGUAGCCAAAAGGAUAGAUCGUCAAGCUAGUCUCUGCUCCCAGCUCUCAGUAAUGCAGAUGAGAAACAGCUUAGCAAGCACAAGCGAUGGUGAAGAUGGCCUACAUAACUUUUUACGAGGAACAUCCACUGCUUCUUCUCUACGUCAUUCUCCUGCCCCUGGAACUUCACUGCAGAUGAUGCCCAUUGAGGAAAGUGUGGAAGAAGAAGUCUUUGAACCAGCAUAUCCAAACGCUGCAAGAAGACAGCAAAAGCUAAGAACACAGAACCAGAUUUCCGAAGCCGAGGGUAUUCUAUGGAACAAUAAAUAAAUACGUGAAGCCAUAAAAAAAUAAAAAUAAAAAAAAAAGGCUAAAAGUAAAUUUUUAUUCAAUGUUUGCAUUAAAGAUGCAAAAAGAAAACAAAACAUGUUCAGGUUUAGUAGCCAUUAAAUACUGGGUCAGACUUCAACUGUGCACUAAUGAAAAGCAACAAGUUAUGUACAAUGUACAGUCUACGUAUUUGUUAUAAAGUAAGCUCUUUAUGAAACUAUCAGUAUCUAUUACUUUUACACAGUAAUCCUGCAUUUAGGUUUCUCGUAAAAGCCAUUUUUACCGGUUUUACAUCAUUUCCAAAUCCUGCUGACCGGUGCAUGUAAAGUGCUGCCUCUGCAGAAGGAACUUAAUAAAUUAAUCGCAGAUACCACCCCCACCCUUUCCCCCAUCCCAGGUGAUUUAUCUAUUUCAGUCUGUGAUCAUAUAUAGAAAUACAAUAGAAAAACACUUUACAUUGACCGGUCAGCAGUAUGUGAAAGUUGUGUACGGCUGGCAAAAAAAAGAAGGAUUUUUUUCCCACUCAAACUACAUGUCACGUUUUAGCAUGUAUUGGUUUCCCAGAGCACAUUAAACCAAAGCCUUUUACUGAAUUAUAGUACGAGCACACAAUAUUAUAUGUCAAACAUGUUAGGGGUGCAACCCAUGUGAGGUGUAUGCAAAUAUAUUUCAUAUCUAAUAGUGAA